AACGCCCCCUGACAACGACAUCAGCUUGCUUGGUGAAUAUAGUGUAAAGAACAAGGAAGAACGUUGUAUCGCCUUUCGUUCGCUCUGUCGACGGUUGCAGCGCCAGACACAAGUUGACCGGGUGCACGGGUGAUGUGAGAGAGCAAAAUGGCGACCGCAUUAGCAGCGUCGCCUAUAGAUCUGACCGAGCUCGCGAGGGCUCGGCGGACAGAUGCCAUGCCAAAACACUCUCUAUUCGGAUCCUCUCUGGAGAUUCACACCAAGGACGAGAUGGAUCGAAUUCAGAAAAUCGAUGUUUCGAAAAACAAGGAACUCCGUCGGAAAGGACGCUUCCAACUUCCUGAAGAAUUACGUUCACAAAUGAAAGAGUAUAAAGUCGUACAAGCAACGAAAGGAGAGAUAGAAAAGCAGAAAGACGAAUUAUUGAAGACAAAGAGGGCCAUUGAAAACAUGGAAUUCGGUGCAUUAAACUUUGACACGGAAAACAUCACUCGUGUGCCUCAGAGAGCAGGAUCUGGCAGAUCCCCAUUGUCUAUGUCGGAUAACGCCUUAAAAGCUGCCAGGGAAAUGAAUUACGUAGGCUUAAACGACAGAAAUAGUUACAACAGGGACAAAUAUGGCCACAGAGCGCCUAUGCACCAGUAUAGUUUGUGUGGGGACAUUCUGCGGCCCGGCAUGGAGACCAUAAGGCGAGAAAAAACAGAAUACCCGGCGUAUGUAGGUCAUAGUGAACGACACCGGAAGGCUCCAACCGAAACUCCACGUCACACGUCUGCUGGUCCAGCAGCGCAACCGCGUAGUAUUGUAUCACUGCCACCGAAUAUUCGUCAUCAGUUCGGUAGCAAAGUUUGUGAUUUUCUUUUAUCUGACGAAAAGAAAGUCGAAAAGACAGUAAAUGAAGAGAAAUUGCGAAAACAGCGGUUGUUGCGCCCAAGUAAGCACCUGGAUAUUCCCGAUAUGGAUAAGGAAUUAAAACCGGAAUACGAAAUGCUCGGAAAUGCCAUGCGCCAAAACAUCUUUCCCGGUUAUACGAUGAAUCACAAGAAGAGUAUGAUGAAGUUAGCGUACGAUGAUAGCGUACAUCUAAGGCGAUACCCUGAUCCGGACCAAUGGCGUUAUCAGAGGGACGAACUCAGUACAUGGGCGGAGCAAAAUAUUCUGUACGAGCGGAUGCGGAAAUCAUUUCGGGAGUUCUUAAGCUCUAUGCCAAAAGCAGAGCGGAACUGGGAAAAGGGGGCCGUUUCAAAGCCAAAACCGAAAUCUGAUCCGGCUCCACCAAAACCUAAGCCAAAACCGAAGAAGCCAACUACAAAGUCUAAACCGGAAGAGCCUGCCUUUGAGGAAGUGAUUUUCAAAACACCCCCAAUCACACCGCCACCGCCUCAACCGGAAAAAGUGACUUUGGCGCCAAAAAAUGAAAAAGACAACGAAUUCUGGGACCUUUAUGAUAAAAAGUGAGUGUAAGACCACCAUGAAAGUCUUUAAUAACUUCAAGAGCGGAUUGAUAACUAAAAAGUUUAUUCCUAAAUAUGGAUAUAAUUAUGGUGCUUGCUUCUCGGAGGAAUUGUGGUACCACAAUCACAGGACAAUUGUUUUGAAGAAAUAUAUAUUUGAGUCAUUUUUUUCAAUUCAUGAUCAGUGUUUAUGAAAUAUGUGCAAUCAUUUACUGUCUCUUUCUACACAACCCUAUGUUUUGCCAAUUAAACAUGAAUACCUACUCAUUGCAUUGAAGAAAACGGUUGAUAUGAAAAUCGUUAAAAGAAUAUAUAUCAUAUCAUUCCUGCUUCCUGUUAUUGCUAAUAUUUUACUGUUAUCGGCACAACAAAAUUUACAAAUAGUUUGGUUUUUGUCUAAAAUUUGAAUUUAAACACUUCCGUCAAUGAACUGUAAACAUGUGUUACUAAAAUCUAUUUACGUCUGAUAGAAAUAAUAUUUUGGCAAGUCAACCAUGCAUUAUGUCACAAUGGUUUUUUAUCAAACGUAUCAACCGAUAACAUAAACUGUUUGCAGUAUCUGUUAUGCCUGGUAUUCACUUUAUACUAAUAAUUAUAUGUACUAGUGUAUUCUUGGGAUUAUGGGUAAUUCGGUCAGUGUUUCACUGCGUCACAGGGAUCAUGAACCAGAAAUUUGUUUUUAUCAAAUUGAGUGUAAAAAACACAUCUUUUUAAAAAUUAAAUUGUCCAUGAUUUGUAAUAUGACGUUGAAUUUGGGGAAAACGGGAUAUUAUGGUUAACUGGGAAGGAAGAAAAACGAUAAUUUCCUUGUUAAGCGAUUUUCUCGUUCUCGAUCGCAUGUGACUGUGGUAUGUAGUUACGGUACAAUUUAUCUCACGUGCACUCAAAUAUCCUAUUUCAAAUUGUCGUUGAAAUCCUCGAAAUCGGCUGUGUUACAUAUUUUCUUGUUAUAUGUGUUCCGUAUACGGAGUUCUUGUGUCUUGUUCUAUAUUUCCGAUAUAUACCAUUACCAAGCAUUUGUGAUAUUUUGUAUUUUUUAUCAAACAUAUAGCUAUUCUAUUCAGCUUUUUAAGCCAUCUGUGAUAAGUACAUUUUGUGAUCCAUUAAAGAAUCUUGAUGAUUUCAACUCCGCUUUGCCAGAAUUGUCGACUUUAUUUGUGGCAUCUGUAAUGGAAAGGAUAUCUCUAUAUUUUGCAGAGAACAAAUCCAACAUUAUUAUCCAAAUUUCAUAUUUAGAUAAAAGGAAAUUCUAUAUCUCAGAUCUUCAAUAAGAUUCAUCAACUUUGAUAUCUAUAUCUCAGAAUUUAAUUCUUGGCGAGAGAAUUUUUCACUAUGUAAACCUACCUCAAGUCGAAAACUUGUUAUUUUUUCCAUAAUCAUAGUAUUUAAUGUCCGUAUUUUUUUACAUUGAAAUCUCAUCAAUCCAUGCAAAAAAAAAUGUGUGUGUUUCUUUCAAUUAUAAUAAUCGAAAUAAUACAUUUUCCGUAACAGCGAUUCUUCUCCUGAAAAAAAAGCUUCCGGAAAGUUCUUUAAAAUCAUUUGAUUCUGUGAAGAAUUUUGGAUUAAUGAGAUUCAGUGUAGACAGUUUCGUCCAAUCUUCAGUAUUACCUUUUAAUAUGACAUGAACAAACGGUCGAACAUAUUUCGAAUUUUCAGUCUUCCUGUAUAAGAAAAAUCCUUUUCUGGGACCUUUGUUUUCCCAUUCCUCGCAUGCCUGUUAUACUUCUAUACAGUUCGAUUGGAAAUGAGAUGAAAUUAAAAUACAUUCUUAAAGGUCA